AGCCCAACCUCCUACAUGAAUGAGGUAGCAGGAAGUAAACUGUGUUACUUAACCAAAGAAAUAUACGCGCAAGUACUUUUUUCUCGAUCACCUCCCCUCUGUUCACUUCUGCACCAACCUAAAGAGGAAAAGGGUCCCGUUUACUGUGCUUGGCUUGUUUACAUUUCUUCUCAUCACAUUUAUCAAAUUUCUUCAGAAGUCAGUCGUUUGAAAGCAAAAAGGAUGUCAUUGUAUCCAUCCCUAGAGGACCUUAAAGUGGACAAGGUCAUUAGGGCACAAUCCCAGUUUGCCAAUGCCACCUCCAUCACCCCAGCCAUCACUCAGGGGGUUUACCAGCCACAGCCUGCCACACAGGGGAUGCCAAGCUCAACUCUGUAUCCGAAUCUGGAGGAGCUGGGAGACUAUAUGGGCCUCAGUCUGAACAGCGAUGAGGUCCAGAGAAACCUUGCGCUGGUCCCGGUGGCUGACAAUCAAGUGGCAGUGCCAAGUUGUGUGGGUGGCAUGGUGCGGCCUGUGACUGGUGCUGACAUGGGAAUCAGGAGGGCAGAGAUUCGCCCAGGUCUUCGGGAGGUCAUCAUCUGCAAAGACCAGGAAGGAAAGGUCGGACUCCGACUCCGAGAUAUCGAUAAUGGAGUGUUUGUCCAGCUGGUGCAGGCAAACUCUCCAGCAGCGUUGGGUGGCCUGCGUUUUGGAGAUCAGAUUCUGCAGAUCAAUGGGCAGAAUGUUGCUGGCUGGAGCUCAGAUAAGGCUCACAAAGCUCUGAAGGCAGCAGCUGAACAGCGCAUCGACCUCAUUGUCCGUGACAGACCAUUCCAGCGCACAGUCACCAUGCAUAAGGACAGCUCUGGCCAUGUGGGCUUCAUCUUCAAAUCCGGACGCAUCACAUCUCUAGUGAAGGAUGGUUCUGCUGCCCGCAACGGCCUGCUCACCGAUCACUUCAUCUGUGAGAUCAACGGCCAGAACGUCAUUGGACUCAAGGACACUCAGAUUAAGGACAUCCUGACCACAUCUCCCACUGCCAUGACCAUCACCUUCAUGCCUAAGUUCAUCUACGAGCACAUGAUUAAGAAGAUGUCAAGCGGCCUGCUGAAGUCAUCAAUGGAUCACUCUGUGCCUGAGGUCUGAACACAGAAGACCACGCACACCCCCUUUUCCACAAUGCCUACAAUCUCUAGCCUUCCCAUUGGAGCCAUCCACCACAUGGGUCGUCUAUCACUGAUUGGAUAAACCUCCUCAAUCACAUUCAUUUAUAACAUGUAAAAACUGCCUUUUUCUAUUUCACUUGUUGGCUGUUAUCGUUUUGCCAUCUAGUUCUUGAUUCUGUUCUACAUGCCAUUAUUGCCAUUGUGUAAUUGUUGUCAUAUUACGUUAUAUAAUAAUAAUCCAUUGUCAUUACUGAGUAUUAUUAUCUGAUUGUUUUAUUUUUGCUGGGGGGCAAGGGGUUAAAAACUGAACCUGAGCUUCCAUUUUGAAAAGCAUUAGCUUCAACACUCCUAUCUUUUCAGUUCCUCCCACUAUGCACAAACACUUUUUAUUUUUGGAACAUCUAUAUGCCAACAGCUGUACUCUGCCAGAAGGAAUUCUUGGCCAGAAUUUGUAAUGCAACAAAUCAUUUCUUAUUGAUUUUGAACAUGUUUUUAGGUGUUUAAUCUUUGAUAAUAUUCUCUGUCAUUAGCCUGUAAAUGUUAGCGUCUCUAAAAAUGUAUAUACGAAUGUAACCUCAAGACUGAAAUUAUUACAAAAAUAAAUAAUCAUCCUGGUGAUACCAAUGGAA